CUUCUCCUCUCCUGUUUGUGAGCGAGAUUUUUGAUUUGUGUUAUGGAGCGCGGCUCUACGUUUCGGGAGACCUUAGCAACGACUAUGAAGCAUGAGAGGAGAUGGAAGUCGAAAUCGUCAUCGCAGACUAGCAUUACUUCCCUCAUCAUGGCCUUGCUCUCCUGUCUCGCUUGUCUCUACGUCGCUGGCCGAUUGUGGCAGGACGCAGAGAACAGGACGUUACUUGCUAACCUUCUUCAGAAGAAUACAGGCCAACCGCCGAAAGUACUUACUCUGGAAGAUAAGCUUAUGGUCCUUGGAUGCAAAGAUUUGGAGAGGAGGAUUGUGGAAGCUGAGAUGGAUUUGACACUGGCCAAGAGUCAGGGGUACCUAAAGAAGCAGUUGGAGCGAGGUGGAUCUUCUUCUGACAAAAGGUUUCUAGCUGUCAUUGGAGUUUUUACGGGAUUUGGUAGCCGCUUGAACCGGAAUAUGUACAGAGGGUCUUGGAUGCCCAGAGGUGAUGCUUUAAAAAAACUUGAGGAUAGAGGAGUGGUCAUACGUUUUGUAAUUGGUCGGAGUGCUAAUCGAGGUGAUAGUUUAGACCGUAAUAUCGACGAGGAGAAUCGCCGGACAAAGGAUUUCUUGAUUCUUGAUGAUCAUGAGGAAGCUCAAGAAGAGUCGCCGAAGAAAGCCAAGUUCUUCUUCAGUACAGCAGUUGAAAACUGGGAUGCAGAAUUCUAUGUAAAAGUUGAUGAUAGUAUCAAUCUUGAGCUUGAGGGCUUAAUCGAAACUCUUGAAAGCCGUCGUGGCCAAAACAGUGCUUAUGUUGGAUGCAUGAAGUCUGGGGAUGUGAUAACCGAGGAGGGCAGGGCAUGGUAUGAACCUGACUGGUGGAAAUUUGGGGAUGAGAAGUCGUAUUUCCGGCAUGCUGCUACUUCGCUGCUUAUACUGUCCAAAAAUUUGGCUCGAUAUAUCAAUAUAAACAGUGUGUCUCUUCAUGCUUUUGCUCAUGAUGAUAUAUCUGUGGGAUCAUGGAUGAUGGGUGUCAACGCAACUUAUAUUGAUGAUACACGUCUUUGCUGCAGCAGCUCUAAUAAAGACAAGGUCUGCUCCUUGGCUUAAGCAGCAGAGAAUACUUUUUGCAACCUCAGUCUGUAUCCUCUUACCCAUCAAAUGCCUCUUAGGCUCUUUCAUGGUGGGUCUGCGACAUUGGCAUCCGGGAGACAUGCAUUUUGAAAUGGGGUCUUUUUGUGUUUUUGACUGUGUCCAAAAGCCGUGGGUGGAUAUUGAACUGCGAUGGAGUAUUCUUUUUUCCUUGGAGUGAGCAGAGACAGAUUUGUUACAUGGAUUCUGAAGAUAUUUGUGUUUUCACCUACUGAAAUGUGCUCAAAUUUUGCUGAGAUAGACGCAGAGGCUAAACCAUGAAUCUUGGCUUGUGGGAUUUGUUUUAAUUCAUGUUAGAAACAAUAGGGACUCCUACAUCAUGAAAUUAGUGUAUCUGUU